AUGGCCUGCUUCAUCUACAUCAACGGCUACCCGGGCGUCGGCAAACCCACCAUCGCCAACGCCCUCUCCAAACUCAUCCCAGGCAGCCGCGUCUUCCACAAUCACCUGGUCAUCGACCACGUCGCCGCAAUGCUCGACCGAGACGAUGCCGAGUCCUACAACGAUCUGAGAACCACAUUCCGCAAACAGGCCCUCGACGCCAUCGCCACACAUGCUGCGCUGGCGGGCAAGACCUUCAUCUUCACAGACGCCCGGGAGUCUAGUCCCUUGAGCAGCGGGGCUGCUCGAGAUCACAAUGCGGCUGCCGAGAGAAGGGGCGUGCCGUUCAUCUCGGUCGUGUUACGCUGUGAUUUGGAUGAGAAUGUCAAGAGACUUGCAGGCCGGAGGUGUGUCGGGGGUGAUGAGGCGGUCAGCAACACCAAGUUGACUGACGGCGAGAUCCUGAGAAAGGUUAGGGACAUGGAGACUAUCUUUGAGUGUGGAGAUGAGAACGAGAUGUAUUUGGGUGUCACGACCCUGGGGUCGGGGGAUGCUGCGCUCCUGAUUUUGCAGCAUGUCAACGCGGUUUACUGCCGUAUGGAGAAAGACGGCUGA